AUGAUCACCACUUUCCUGUCCUCGGGCAGCUUCCUCGAGCGCAUCAAGCGUCUCGAUGUCCAGUACAAGCAACCAAAGCGAGAGAUUCGCAGAAGGGACACCGUCGUCCCCAUUGCCAUCGCCUCUCUCGCCCUGUUCUGCAUGUGGGGGCUAGCCUACGGGCUCCUCGACAUCAUGAACUACCACGUCAAAGUGGCCAUGGGGAUCGGCCGGGACAAGGCUGCCAUCCUCGCUGCCGGCUACUACGCCGCCUACGUUCCCGGUGCUCUUCUCAUAGGAGGGCCACUGGUUCGCAACUGCGGCUAUCGGGUCGCCAUGAUGACUGGUCUUUUCGGUCUUGCUCUCGGCGACUUGUUCAUGUCCGUCGGCGCCCAGAAUUGCAGCUUGGCCGGCAUGGUCGCCGCCAUGUUUGUCAUCGGCCUGGGAGUGUCGACCUUGGAGCGCUCCGCCAAUCCAUAUGCCGUCAACUGUGGUCCUCGCACGCAAGCCACUCUGCGCAUCUUGAUCGCACAGGCAUGGGCGGGCAUCGGCACCGUGAUUGCACCCUUCCUGGCCAACGCAUUCGUCUUCAAUCCAGACACGUCGACGAUGCGUCCAACCUCCGACCCGCUUCGGCCGGGGAAAUGCUUAAUGCCGACAGAGAACAGAGCCGCGUCGUGCGCCAACCUGGGGAGCGUCAUCACCUUCUACCGGGGUCUCGGCGGCUGUAUCCUUGGCUUGAUGGUGGUAGUGGGCAUCAUAUUCUUCCGUACCAACUGGGUGCCCGAGGUGGACGUUCCCGCACCACCCGUCAUCGUCGGCUGGAGGUUGUGGAAGCACCCACUACUGUCGUGGCGCUAUGCCCGGAUCUGGUGGGGGGUGGCGGCAAAUUUCGUCAACAUCGGCUGCCAGGUGACUUUUGCCCAGUUCUUCAUCGAGCACAUGAAGGUCAACGCGUGCGCCAGCGACAACUGGGCGGCCGUGUGCAUGUCGUUUGCCCAGAUUGCUUUUGUGGUCGGCCGGUUCGUCGCCGCGGGCAUGGUGACGGCGCCCAAGGUCUUCAAGCCUCGAUACGUGCUGCUUUGUUUCAUCGCUGGAGCGGUGGCAACCACCGCCGCCGGGACGUCCAUCACAGGCACGCCAGCCAUCACGGUGGCCGUCAUGGUCAUGUUCUUCGAGGCGCCAUGCUUUCCAAUGGUCUUUGAGAGCGCCACGGCUUCCUUUGACGAGUGGACGCCCUCCUGCGAGACGCUCAUGAUCGUCAGCAUCUGCGGUGGCGCCCUGCAACCUCCGCUCAUGGCCCAGCUUGUCGAAGCUGUGCGCAUCUCCAAGGCCUGGUCGUUGACCACCGCCUGCUUCUUCUUGGUCUUCACGUACCCGUUGGCAACCAAUCUGAUUCUGUCAUUCAGACGGGCUUUGGACACCGCCGAGAUCGGGGCGGAUGCCGUCACGGACGAAGAAAAGCGCGCCCUGGACGAUGGUCGCGCAAGCAGCGGGGUCCUCAGUCCCGAGCAGAGCAAACAGUCUGCCGAGUCGAGAGUCUCCAAUGUCGACGCCCUCGACCACUCGUUUGUUCCGCCUCCUCAACGAGAGCAGGCCCGUAUGUACUUUGGCGGCACCCACACGCCUGAGCAACAAUAG